UGACUCAGAUCCGAAUCCAGCUCCGGACGAAGGCACGAGUGCAUGGGGGUGUUCCGGCAAGUCGAGUCAGCAGUUCUCUUCUUCACAAGUCGUGGAUGAUUACUGUUGGACUGCGUGUGGUCCACAUUCCAUAUCAGCACUACAAGGCCGCUACCUCUGGUUGUCUCUCUUGCCAUCAGCGCCAUUCAGUCACUAUGGAUCACUUGGCUUGCCCCUGCGUAGCUGCAGCGUCAGCAAGGCAUUUAUUGGCCACUAUGUCUGCUGUUGACGGCUUUCGUCUGCAGUGCCAUUCUCUGUCUGUGGCCCGUCAAACGAGCGGCACCCGAAGUAUUCGUCUGAACCUGUCGACGACUUUCGUCGACGGCAGCGGGACGCUGCAUAUGAGACAAUCAAAUCUGAGCGGAGGAAGGCGUCUUCCAAUGCCCGCUGGCGGCAAUGGACCUAGCCGUGAUCGAACUAUUGCGGUCUCAGCGAGCGUCGAAACGCCGGGCAUGUCGGGAGGUCAGAAACAUCAUGGGGUCUCCACUCAUUCCACCGCCGAAAGUUCAAACAGGGUCAUGGUAAAGACCGGAGCCAUGGACGGCCUAUCGUUCUUGGCCCCGGACAUGGGGAAGAUAUCAUUGGUGUUCGUAGGGGCGGAUUGGGCGACGUUAUGGGCUCUCUUUAAGCCACGCUCGCUGCUGCAUUGCAGGCACCAUUACUUCUCAAUCUGGGGGACGCCACAGGUGCACCAUCGCCCUAUGGUGUUCGAGGUGAAGCCCAUCUUGAAGAAGCAGUUGCAGGUUGAAGCGGGUCUGCCUGUGCAUCCUGAAGUGCCGCUGUUCGGUUUCAUGGGCCGACUGGACGAGCAAAAGGCGUCAGACCUCUUGGCUGCCGCGAUCCUCGAUCUUAUGGAACAGCACAAGGAACGGGAUUUCCAGUUCGUCAUGCUGGGUUGUUCUGAUCCUGUGUUUGACCAGGGAACGGGAAAACCCCAGUACGAGAAGCAGCUGCAAGCUCUCGAGGCAAGGUUUGCUGGAAAGGUGCGGACAGUGACGAGGUUCAGUCACCGACUGGCCCACCUGAUCACUGCCGGGUGUGACUUCAUGGUGCUGCCCAGCCGCUUCGAGCCUGCAGGACUCGUUCAGCUGCACGCCAUGCUCUACGGCAAGGUCCCGGUGGUUGCAUCGACGGGCGGUCUGCUGGACUCGGUCCGUGAUGGGGUGACUGGCUUGCAAAUGGGGACGUUCAACGUCAAGCCCGAAGUGCGACGGGAGGACGUGAUGAAGGUUGUAGAGGGACUAAAGCGAGCGAUGMGGGUGUUUUCGACACACUCUCUCUUCAGAACCAUGGUCACGGCCGCUAUGUCACAGGAUCUGUCCUGGAAGGGACCUGCCAGGGCUUGGGAACAAGCUUUGCUGCAACUGCGGGGGGAUGUACACAGGGAGCUGAGGGAACUUGUUGUUGGACUGCAAAUUGUGCCUUGUGGUGUGAAUUCUAGUAUCAGUCGCAGCCUCAACAGAAAGAAUGGGAAGUUUGAGUCUCCGUAGUGGUCUCUAGCAUCAAAGGAAGUAGAAGGGGGUGGCACACCCUCCUGUACAUGCUCUUCAGUUGGACGGGCAAGUAUUUCAGGGGCUGACAUUGAUGAUGCUUCGAUAUUAAACUCUAGAGUUUUGAAUGUUUUAUACGCCAGCAUAGAAUAUGCAAAAUGCAUCGUUCGUAAGGGUCUCGCCGCACGGCACACGAAACGAAAAUGAAACGAGUGCAUCUGCCCACGGAAGGUGGCAAAAUACACUCGUUACUAUUUAAUAUUUAUAGUAAACCGAAAACGAAACG